GAUCCCCGGCAUCGGCGGUUUUGCUCGUAGUUGGUUUCCUGGACCCUUGGUGAACCCGGAUCAAGAGCUCGUGAGAGAAAUACGCUUCGAUACAGGUCAUGUUCGAUAUCACGUCACGCGAGCCCACAUCGCUUCAUCACAGGGGCCAGGUUGCUCCCUUCAGCUGCUGAAUUUCCCCUCUUCGACUUCGCUUUCUUUCCGACAUCAUUGUCUCACGGCCUCGAGAUUUUCUGACUCGCCUUCCUUCCUGGGAGGAAUCUGACGCCCGUUUCUGUUGAUCGUGGAUAUCUGAGGAAAUUAGAGGCAAAUCGUAAUGGCGUUUCUUUACCACCGCCACCUCCUCCUCCUCCUCCUCCACCUCCUCCUCCUCCUGCUCACCCCUGCGCACGUGGCAGCCAGCGGCGGAGUGACGUUCCAGGCGAUUCUGGAGGAGGCACGUGGCAGCAACGGAUUGGCCAUGGUUCUUGGGUUAAGGCGAGCCUUGCAUGAAAUUCCCGAGCUCAUGUUCCGCGAAUUCCGGACGAGCGCCAUGGUGCAGGAGACGCUGGCGUCGUUGGGAAUACCGUUCCAGCCCAACUUCGCAGGAACCACGGGUGAGAGAGCUUAAGAAGUUACGAGUACAUUUGUAAUUAAA